AUGUGGUUUCACAAUAAUGUUUGGGUUGCUACUAAACCAUCAAGUGGGCCAGUCUCUGUUCUCAAUUCACAAUAUCAGGUAUCAGGGGAUGCAACACUUAGAAUAUCCAAUGUUCAGACAAAGGACAAUGGUGAUUUUGAUUGUCAAGUGUUUUUCACUUCUGGUGUCCCUCCUGUGAUUAAGGAUACUGCUAAACUAGUUGUUGUUGUGAGCCCAACAAUUACACUCAAAACUACAACAGCUCCAACUUUGGAUGAAGGUGCCACAAGAACAUUGUUUUGUGUGGCCAGUGGCAACCCCAAACCCACUUACAGGUGGUAUAAAGAUGAUGUAAAGAUUCCGGAAGAUCCAAAUAACUCCAACUACACAAUAACAUCAGCCAGCAGGAAUGAUGCAGGGACGUACAAAUGUGAAGCUGUUGUUAAUGUUCCAACUCUUAGCCAGUACAGUGACUCUUACACUGUUCAGGUUACAGUUAGAUUCCGUCCUGUGCACAAAACAAACAGUUUGAGCAGUAAUCAAACUGUCGUGGAAGGUCGUACUACCACAUUUCUUUGUAUCACAGAAGCAUUUCCCACUGCAACCACAUACAAAUGGUUUAAGGAUGGCAAUGAGAUAUCCAAUUCACAAGAUUUUGAAACUUUGAAAAUUAGCGAUACACAAAGCAGACUGACAAUCAAAAAUGCUAAGAAGGGAAGUGCUGGGCAAUACUCGUGUGAUGGUACAAAUGAGGUUGGAGCUGGAGAUAGAAAAUCUGCUUUCUUAUUGGUCAACUAUGCACCUCAGCAAGUCACAGUGAAUCCAAAUCCAGCAGUUGUGGAACUUGGUCAAAGCUUAACCCUCACAUGCCAGGCUGAUGGAUUUCCAAAACCCUCCUACUCAUGGACGUUUAAUGGAGGAGCAAUUGGAGACUCACAAAACACUUUGCAACUUGCAAGUGCCCAAGUGUUGAAUGCAGGGAACUAUACAUGUGUGGCAACAAAUACAUUUGGUAGUGCUCAGGAAACAAGGCUGGUGAAUGUGAGAUAUAAACCAACUGUUACAACCUUUACAACUGGGAAUCCUGACAAUAAUGCUGUGCAAGGAACAAGUGUAACUCUUACUUGCACUGCAAAUGGCUAUCCUGCUCCAACUUACACCAUCCAACGUACAACACCAUCAGGUACAACAAUACUGGCUGGCACCUCAGGGGGAAGAUACACAAUUCCUAAUGUACAGCUUACUGAGGAGGAUAACUCAUACAACUGUGUGCCAAGAAAUGCACUUGGAGAUGGGCCAUCAAAAUCAUUGACAGUCAAUGUAGUAGUGCCACCAUCAUUCCAGAGUAAUUUGCCAAACAAACAAACAAAGACUGAAAAUGAAACAGUGAACUACGCAUGCACAGUUCAAGCCAAACCAUAUGCUCAAAUUGUUUGGAAGCUGGGUGAAAAAAAUCUGACUGGCACGCCAUACAAUAUCACAACUGAAGUCGCACCAGUUCAAAAUUCCAAACUUUUGAGAACUCUUUCUUAUCUUACUAUUGAUAAAGUAACCUGGCAGCAGAAUGGGACUUUCUCUUGUGUGGCUUUCAACAGUGCUGGUCAGAGGAGGCAAACCACAGAUCUUGAAGUGCGCUAUCGACCAGUUGUUCAGUCUGAUGCUGAUCAUCCGAAAAACCUCACACUGUCUGAGGGACAAGAAGCAACCUUCUCUUGUAAAACCAUCGGCAAUCCGCCCACCCUUUCACAAAAGUGGCAGUUCAAUGGAGUUGACAUACCUGGAGAAAGUUGCAGUGCCUGCGUAACAACAACUUUCACAAAGGCUUCAGUGACUCAGGCUGAUGCAGGAUGGUAUUCCUGUACUGGAACCAACUCUCUAGGAGAAGGACCUCCUGCCAGAGCACAAUUACUUAUUAAGCAUCCACCAACAAUCACUUCCUAUCAAAGUGCAUUCACAGUUAAUGAAACAAACAAUGUUACAAUGACAUGUCGUGCAAAGGGAGUGCCACAGCCAACAAUUACCUGGAAAAAGAUAGGAGGUGAUAACUUAGAUUGCUCGGGUGAGCAAUGCAUCAUACGCAACACAAGUGGCAAAAAUGAUGGAACCUACAGAUGUGUGGCUAAAAAUGAACUUGGCGAGGAUUGGAAAGAAAUCACUCUUAAUGUUCAGACACGUCCGAUCAUUGUCACAUCCACCCCUACAAGCACCCAAAUACCUGGUGAUGAAGGCGAGCAAGUCGAUUUAACUUGUAUCGUCAGCGGCAAACCUCCACCGUCGUUGUCAUGGAAACGUCAACUUAAUGGACAAGAUCUGAGCUCAUUGAGCGAUAAAGUGAAAAGUAUCACGAAGGAGAGAGACACCAGUGUAUUGAAGGUUGCAGUCAGUGCAAUAGGGGAGCAUUUCUAUUGCGUCGCUGUAAAUCUUCUGGGAAGUGACAACCAGCAAUACACCAUAAGGAAAAGAGGGAUUCCAGAUAAACCAAUUAAUGUGGACGUGAAGUCGUUUCAAGACCAAAAUUCGAAAACUGUUAGCGUUAAUGUGAGCUGGACACCUGGAUACAGUGGAGGAUAUGAUCAAGAGUUCACAAUCCAUUAUCGCGUCAAACAAAGCAACCGAGACUUUGUGGAACAGUUUGUUGGUCACCCAGAUAACAACAUGCACACUAUACCAGGACUUUACCCGGAAACAGUGUAUGAAUUCACCGUUCAAGCUUCUAAUAAACUUGGCCAAAGCCAACCGUCAGACCCAAAGGAGUAUAAAACAGCAGAGUCCCAGAUACCUCCGGACAGAGGAACUGUCAAAGCUUUGAGAGCAUCAGACGACGCCUCUGUCAUACUGGUGGAAUGGACGAUAGCAGAUGACCAAGUAACAAUUGCGACUCUUGAGAUUCAGCAGGGAGGAGAGGGCUCGUGGGAGCUUGUCAAGGGAGCCUCUCAGCUGAACAGAUCUGUAUCAGAGUUUAAAGUGAGCGAUCUGAAAGCUGACAGUUCAUACAGAUUUAGAAUGGAUAUGAGACGACCAGGGGAGUCUUCUCCGGCGUAUGUGUAUAGUGAUAUAGGGCUAGAAAGUCUUGGAAAAAGACUACAGAUCCUGGAAAGUCCUGGAAAUCUGCUUAACUCAGUACCGACUGGCCCUCUUCCAGAACCAAGAAGUGAUGGUGAACCGUUAAAGGACUGGAUGAUUGCUGUUAUUGUUUUAGUUGCUGGUCUUCUUCUCCUGGCCAUUGUCGUCCUUGCAUUGUGUUGCUUUAAGCGUCGGAAGAAGGAACACGGGGCUAAUAAUGUUCCCAUGUCUCAAACUACAAACUAUGUUGUGGGUGGCCCCGAUGUGACACGUGUCCUGGAAAACAGGCGUAGCUACGGUAUGGAGUCGGUGGAAGAUGAUCCGUUCCUCGCAGCUGCGUCAAUGCAGUCUGUGAACUCAACCGAGGCAAAAAAGAAAAAACCAGACUCCAGUCAGGGUGUAAACUUUGGAUACCUGUCACAAGAUUCUGUUCGACAGCAGCCUGAAAUGUUACUCAAUCCAGGCUCCCGCAUGGUGAGAAACGGCCGUUUGGCGCAAAGCACUGGUGAACUGGAUGCGAACUCAGCAUACUCGGCUAGGGGACCCCAGAGAGAUUUCAGCACACUGCCUCCGUACCAUGAACCACCUUCGUUUGAAGAGGCAAUGCGGCAGUCAGGAAGGAAACCCAAAACCAGGAAGUCAACAGGGGACCUCACAGGGCCAGGGCAGGGAAGACAUUCAGGCCGCCGACCAAGACAAGCUCGACCAGCUGAUGAGCCCACAGACUCGAGUGAUGGAGAACAACGGUUUACGCCUCAGAGGUCUGCACCCCCUCCCCCGAGAGUAAGACAUGUAGAAUCCAUUGAAGAGCCAGGUUACGCCGCAGUGGACCGGGACGGACGUGUUAUGGGGCCGAGGGUGUUGCCAAUGGGGGCUAACCCGAGUGGUCGUCCUGCAAAUGGGCCCCUUGAUCCUACGGUGCCAUAUGCUUUGCCACAGAAGAGACCCAAACCUAAGAGACCUCGCCGUGAACCAAAUGAGCCAGCGAUUGAGAGGCUUCGCCCACCGCCACAGAUGUAUGGGCCUCCAUACUGGAAAGACUCUUAUAAAGGAUGGCCUCCCCCACAGUACACCCCUGAGGACAGAUCAUUCGAGGACCUCCCAGUGCAUGAUGGUGACGACUUAGAUUUGGAUGAUCCGUCCAAUCUUCCACCGAAUGAGGGGCCCCCGGACCUACCACCCCCUAUGGCUAUGUUGCCUAGCAACCGACCGAUUUCUAAUAAUUAUCAAAACUAUCCAGAUGAUGGCCUUCCAGAGCCGCCUAUGUUUUUACGCGACAUUGUUUAUCCACCAGACGGCCAGGAUCCUCGCUAUGACUCGGACGGACCUGCGCCUUACCAUCCACCUUCUUCACCGGGACGACAGAGACAGCCGUACAUCAAUAUUCAUGGACAACUCGUUAGGCCUCCGUCGCAGGACUCAGACGGUUUCCGGAGACCCGAAUCUUUACGAUCGUCACGAAACACACUCACCCCGGAGCCCGAACUACCUCCAAAUCAAUGGCAACCGCGGGGAUCUGAGCCCGAGGAAAAAGCACCUGAGAUAAAUUACGUCAGUUAUUUGGUUUGAUGAAAAUGGGGUCGUCAUUGAAUACGCGCACACCCUCAAGGACUUCUGAGAGUGGAUUACGAAGAAGCCAAAUAGCGAUAUUCGCGUUGUAUUUUUGACAAGAGAAGAUUACCAAUAUGUAAAAAUUUGCUACAGAAUUUUCAAUAAGGAAAGACUUUUCCGGUCGAGCGAGAAAUGAAACGCGCGUUCGUCGGUGAGUUCACCAAAGGUUGGUGCUUCUUGCUGAGUUGUUCACUUUAGAUAGAAAAUGAAUUACAUUGAGGAAAAAAAAAGAAUAAGCCUGGUAGUAUAUGUGCGACUGACAAGAAGUGAAAAAAAACGUUCUCGUGAGUGAACCAUGUCGAAAAAAUAGGGCAUAGAAGUUCCAAACCUUUUUUAACCUCGAAGGUUAUGCCUACACGAAACGAAGUAACGUUAAGUUUGGAACAGUUUAAUUCUGUUGGCCGAAAAUAGUUAAAAACAGAAAGAUAGCCUGCGAUCAGGCCCCUAUUAUUAGUGCUGCAGGACACACGUUUCUCCUCCCGCGAGAAGAUUUGUGACCACUCGGGGAGAGGUUUGCUGGAGGUCUGGUGAUUAUCAGCACCAGACCCCUGGCAGACUUUUUGCCGACUCGUGAAGCUCGAGACCUCAUAAUUUAACGCGGGCUCGUGCUAAAACGUCAAUAAUAAGGGGCCCACUUAUAGGAGCCUGCUCGCAGACUAACAUAAAGACGAUGGUACUUCACGUACGUUGAGAUAAAUCCAGUGGUCGCCCAUCUGAAUCUCAUCCAUAGUCGAACAAGAGAGCCACGCAACUUAUUUAAAACUGGAAAUUCAGUCAUCGUCAUCCAGGUUUCAUAAGUCUUCCUAGUUUGCUAGAUAUGUUAAUGUAAAUAAAUUUUAAGAAUUCCUUGGCUGUUUCCAUUAACCAGUUAGGUCAGUGUUUCGCCUAUCAAAUAUAGAUUUUACUUAAAGCAGUGCAUCUUUUAUAGUUAGUUAACAUUGUCACAUUUGUUCGUUCAUGUGCUCGCUGUUGAAUUCAGCGUUACGCAUAGUUUCAGUUCCAGUGUACUCCUGUCAGUAAUAACGGAGUCUGGGAACUGGACCAGUCUAAGACUCGUGUAUCUAGUGACAAAAAUUAUGGAGAAACUAGUUUCAGCUUUUGAAUUAUUUUGUAAAACAUGCGAAACAAAUAAAAGCUAAGUUUGGUUUAA